CCACCAUCGAGUCCGCAAAACCAUAAAUAAGCCCCAAAUUCCAAACCCUAGUUUCUCUAUCCUCACUCGCCGGAAGAAGAUGUCGCACUUCGGUAGAUCUGGGCCGCCGGACAUCAGAGACACCUACUCUCUCCUCGUCCUCAACAUUACUUUUCGUACGAGUGCCGACGACUUGUUCCCACUUUUUGAUAAGUACGGAAAAGUGGUGGAUGUGUUCAUCCCAAGAGACCGGAGGGUUGUACUUUUCUUGGAAACUUACACUUAUCUCCUACAUGUUCUGACUGGAGAUUCAAGGGGAUUUGCAUUUGUGCGAUAUAAGUAUCAAGAUGAGGCUCAGAAAGCUGUUGAGAAGCUAGAUGGAAGAGUGGUUGAUGGUAGAGAAAUAAUGGUUCAGUUUGCUAAAUAUGGUCCCAAUGCAGAGCGAAUUACCAAAGGGAGAAUUGAGGAGCCUGUUUACAAGUCAAGAGGAAGGUCACGGAGCCGCAGUCCUAGGCCAAGGAGUGAUUACAGAGACAGAGACAGAGAUUACCAUAGGAGAAGCCGAAGCAGAAGUAGGGGCAGAUACGAACGAGAUCAUCAUCGUGGCAGGGACAAGGAUAGUCGCUAUCGAAGCCUAAGCCGUAGUAGUGUAAGCCCUGAUUAUCGCCGAGAACGUGGAAGAGACAAAUAUGAUGGUGACAGGCGAAGACGAAGUCGGUCUUACGAGAGUGGCUCUCCUCCUCCAAGGCGAAGUCCUAGCCCACAGAGGAGCCCCUCUCCUGUAAGAUCAUCAUCACCUCUGUCUGGAGGUGGAAGACCGGGUGCCCGUAAUUUGAAAGAACGAUCUAUCACUCCUAAGAGUGUCUCUCCUCGUGCUCGUUAUAAUUCUCGAAGCCGAUCUCCACGUUCUGAGGCUGAUAUGAUGCAGCUGAUAUUUGAUGCUGUUUUAGAUGAUGAGGUGGCACCUGCUGCUCUAGCGUGGCUUAUUUUGCUGUUGUUCGAAUUUCUUGAUUAUGUUACGAACUCUCUGAGUGAACGGCCACAUGAGAUCGUUGCUGUUGCAGUGAGUUGAUAGCCAAUAUCUUGUAUUGCUGUUUGCGGCACCUGCUUGCUGGCAGCUGUAGAAACUGAUGCUGCUAUUUUUAUGAUGCGUUGUUUGGUAGCUGUGUUUGCAGUUGGCUUUAAGGGCUCAGAUAUUGGGUUCUAAGGUGUGAUGUAUUCAUGUGCAAUUUUAUUUUUCUUCAAGUAUGAUGGUGGUCAUCCUUGGCAUGAGUGUUCAUCCUGUGCAUCUUCAUAUUUUUCUUAGCUGUAUUUACGAUUUAAAACUUGAGAAUUUUGUCUAAUUAUAUAAAAAAAAAAAACUUUUAAUUGUUUCAAUCAUGUGAAUUUUGCUCUGAAAAACGGGAUAUUUGUUGAGACUAUGCAACCCAUUGCAAAUAAUUGAGGUUAAUUUGGGUUUUAGCUUUAAGGAAAAUCCUCAAGGAACUUUUUAGCUAUGGGUAUUUGAAUAUUUUGAAUGCUAAUUGAUUAGCGGGUGAUUAUUUUAAA